AUGAGGCAUGGCAUCAUAAGCUCACUGGAGCGGAGCGAGUCCGCGGCGUUGCUCAACAUGAUCCAAGCGCCCAUAGACCUGUGGAUGGUUCUAGUUGUUUCAGUGGUGGUGGUGGUUAUUUGUACCCAAGCAAGUAACAACGAGGAUGGAACCAUCAUUCUGGAGCGGGGGCACCCUGGCAUCUUGUCCUGCCCUCCCUUCGCAUCCGGACGAAUCACGCUGGAUCAGAUCGACGCCAUGUACUGGUACUUCCCUGAAAAACGGGAUGAAAACAUCUUGAUCUCCUACUUCCUUGGAAAUACCGCUCCACAAAACGGUAUACCGGAGGGCGUGUAUGACAUCAACAGAAACCUCACUCUGGUUAUUGAGAACGUUACCGACUCAGAUGAAGGGACCUACUUCUGUAGCGUCAAACCGAAUUGGGAACCCUUGAUUGACGGGCACGUGGCUAUGCGUGUCAAAGUAUCUCCCAAGCAGCCGUUUCCCGACGUCACCCAAUGCACGCGGCGAAUCUCCGUGACUGCGUGCGAGGCAGUAUUGCCGUACGACUUUAAGAAACCAAUGCUGACCUGCAUCGUACAGAAUGUUAGGCCUGCCGUGUCUCUCCGAUGGCUGCUUGAGUAUAGUGACGGAGACACACAACUCAUCAGCGACAGAUUCACCGUAACACAAAGCGACUAUUCGGUCAACACCUUCACUACCUCAGCAUCAAUCCCAAUUACAGCGAGUAGUGUGGACAAGUACAUGUACAGAUGUCAAGCGUGCGGAGAGGGUCUAGCAUCCAGGAAUGGUAGCCACCUGACGGUGACUGUCACCACAGCUCCCUCUACGCCUACCCGCCCACGUGAGCCUCAAUAUUAUUUUGCUCUUGGCCAGUGGCGUAGCAUCCGGGGGAUGAAAAUACUUUUGUUUGUGAAAUCUUUCUGAAAUAAAUCUCAUUGAAAGAGUGGCAGUGAUAUUUCAUGGUUAUCCUUACUUAAGAACUUCAAGACCAAUAAGCAAGCAAGUAUCUUUCACGUGCUUUAUUUAAAGUGUCUUGAUAAGAAGUAUUAAAGUCGCCUUUAUAAGAGCCAACAAAAGCAACAUUUUUUGACGACUGAGCAUCACACACUGAGGCAUUCAUCGAAAUUAUGAAUAUUCACUAGAGUCAGUUUAUAACGAAU